CUUUCGAAAACGAGGUUGUUGUCAUGAUGGCGAUUUACAAAGCAAAUUGACGCAGAAAAGUAUUGCUAGCGAGCAAUUAUGAAGAAGUUUUUCAAAAACAUAACAAAGAAAUCCCAGUCAAAGGGUCCACCAACAGGAGGCUCCCCUAAACUUGACAAAGGAGCCAGGGCAAGUGGUUCGUCGUCGUCCUUGAUUGGAUAUGAUCUGAAGGAGAAAGAUCUGGGAAAACUUCACAAGGCAGCGUGGUUGAACGAUUUCGAAAAAGUCAAACAGUUAGCCAGAAAGGAUCCCAGCUGUCUUGACAAAGAUAAUAGAACGCCCUUGCAUUUAGCAUGUGCACAAGGUAAUGCCAAGGUGGUUCAGGAGCUUUUGGAAUGGAAGGCGAAGACCAACAUUGGUGACAACAAUAGUAAGACUCCACUAAUGAAGGCAGUGGAAGGUGGUUAUGCUGACUGUGUGGAACUACUUCUAGAAAGCCAUGCAGAUGUAGAUGCAAUGGACACAGAGGGAAAUACCUGUCUUCACAUGUCAUGUCGUGAUGGCAGUGCUGAACUAGUAGCCAUGCUGCUGAAGAAAGAUGCAAAAAUGGAUACGAAAAAUAAGGAGGGUUUAUCUGCUUUGCACUACUCUGUCAUGGUGAAAAGAGAGGAUUUGUGUCAUCUGCUGCUUAGUCGAGGGGCUUACGUUGACAGUGAAGACAGCUGUGGCCGAACUUGCCUAAUGAAGGCAUGUCAAGAGGGCUCUAUCAACAUGGUCAGGAUUCUGUUAGAGUUUGGUGCAGAAACAACUCACAAAGACAGUAAAGGUUGGACAGCUGAUGACUGUGCAGUCAUACAAGGUCACCAUGCCUGUUCCCAGCUGAUAUCUGACCACAAUCUCAGACAAAACAUGGCAAACAGAACUCCUUCAAGCACCCCAAGAUCCUCUCUACCUCCUAGUUUAGCAGCCACACCAAGGGACAAAAGCCUUGAGCUUGGGGUACCAGCCAUGGAUGCUACAGGUGAUGAUUCUGGUGAAGAGACUGUUAGCAAAGGUUCUGAAGUACCAGCAAAAGGAGGGGGAUAUGAUGAUUCUUGGGGAGAUGAUACAGACCUCAGUCUUGCAGAUGACAAAAAGGCCAAGGUGGCAGUAGCAAAAGUGAACCUUGCCAAGUGUAUUCCUCACAGUGACGAUGGAGAUUCUUCAAGAGCAUCAAGGAUUGAUCCAGUAGAGGAAGAGGACGAAAGUGAGUCAGAAUUUGAGAACUCAUCCUUGCAUAAGCGAGACUCAACAAAGUCACUGCAGUCCAAUACAUCAUGGGAAGAAGACUCGUCAAUGCUUGAGCCUCGCAAGACCACAUCAAGAGUCUCUUUCAAGAAGGAUGCAGAGCUGUCAGAAAUACAUGAUAUUGCAUCUCCAUCAAAAACAGCUGGUGCCUAUCUUCCUUCUGGAAUAUCUGGAACAAACAUGCCUGCAAAACCUAUAGCACUGGAGAAACAGCAAGCCUUCAUGGAAGAGCUCGGAAUAAGUGAUGCUGAUGACAUCAGUGAAGCUGACAUCAGUGAAAUGUCAUGUGAUAAGAAAAAGCUUCCAGUCAAGAGUGAUGAUGACAGUGACUGGGACUCCAAUGUACUCUCAGACCCUACAACAACUCCAAGAUUAGGUAUUCUGAAGAACUGGAAGGGAAUGCCAGGAGAUAAGACAGAUGAACUUUUGGAACCAGUGUCAGAGCAUGUACUUGAGACAAAAAGCUUGAUAGCUGUGUUACAAACAGUCACAUCUACACCUGUGGAGGAUCAAAAUACGGUACAAGAUAGGAAGGAGGAUUCCAUUUCAGAGUGGGACUCAGAUCCUGAAUUGCUGCCAUCCAGCACUGCUGCUGUUCCAAAACAGCCUGUUGUUACUCAUCAGCAUAGUCAGUCAUCUGAUGAGGAUGUGAACACAGAGACAAUUAGUGAAUGGGAGAUAGAGAGGAAGAAACAGAAGGAAGCUGUUAAAACUGUGGGACAAAUGAUUACCCACAUGAAUGAAGAUGACAGGACAGAAAUAGAAAAACAGAAAACAAUGAAAGCUCUCAAGAUAAAAGUUCAGGACAUCGAGUGGAAGGAGGAGAACUUGGAAAGCCAGGGGCAUGUUGGUUCAUCUGAAGAUAGUGGGAAACUGACAGUACUAGAACAUGAAUCAUUAGGGCAAAAUGAUGGAAUACAAAAAGAAUCAGAUGAAACAAGUACAGGGGAGGAAAUGCAAAGACAGAUAUAUUUGGGAAAACAGGAGACUUCAAGAGAACAAAAUUUCAAAUGGGAGGCAGUACGUGCACUUAAGAUGGAACAGGAUGAAAUGGAGCUGUCAAAAGUCCCUGUACUACGCAAUAAACUGUCAGAAACAGCUUCACAUGUGGGAUCUGCAAGCAGCGAUGAGGAAGUGAAAUGGAUAGAGGAUGAAGUUAAAAAGGAAAACUAUGACAGAAAGGACACAUGUACAACAGAUACAGAUAUGAAGACCAAUGUGGAUACAUUGAACUUGUCUGUAUUAAGCCAGAAAUGUACCACAAGAACUCAAAUCCAACCAACUGUGCGGCAAAAUUCUGCAAAUGCUCCCCAACAAUUGCAACCACCAUCAGUAUCAACGUCUCAGAUGCUGAAGAAACAAUUGCAGGUUCCACCCCCAAGCCAAGUCAUAUUGCAGAAUAGGAUGGCUGAUUUUGAGGAUGAAGAUUCUUAUGCUUCGGACAAUGGGAAUCCAGACUCACCUAAAGUUGGGGACAGAAAUGAUGUAAGCUCCUACUACCCUAAUCUACUUGGUGCUGGAAGUUCAGGAUACAACCUCAGUUUGACAGCUGAAGAUGAUGCCCUGUCUUACACCUCCACAGAAUUUGAAGCAGAGAGCUCUGUGAUGACCAAAUCAGCUGACUAUUCUCCCUUUGCUCGAGAUAUGCUCCUUAAUCUUAAUAUGAAUGAUCCAAAGACUCUACUGAAACUCCAGGAACAUCACCGAGAGCUCAGACAACAUUUAGAGCACGAGAAAAAUCAGCGGGUUAUGCUUGAGACUAAGGUCAAACUGCUCAACACUGAGAAAUCUGAAUCCCUAAGAAAAGUUGAACUUUUGACACAACAGAAAUCGUUUCUGGAGCAGGCAAAGCUUGAUAAUGAGGCCAGCAUCAGAAGUCUACAGUACAACAUCACAGAGGAGGAAGAGAAACGACGUAAUGCUGAAGUUCUGCUGGAGAAAACUAAAGACCAGCUAAAGCGAAAAGAAGAUAAAUAUACCAGCUCCAUUGAAGACAAGCAGAAGGUUGAACUUGAGAAGAGAAACAUGCAGAUGGAAAUGAGAGCUGUCAACAACAGGAUUAGAGAGUUGGAGAGUGAACAUGAGGAGCUUGAGCAGCAACUUGACCAUGAACGAGAGACACGUUUGCUGCAGGAGAAGAUCAAUGAAGAACAAUCUAAAUUCCAGGAACAAUUACAGAAGGAAAAGGUUAAGGCUGUAUCCCAACUUGUGGAGAACAAAUCUCUUUGUACUGAAGAAAGUUUUGAAGAUAAGAUAGAUGUCAGUGAGACUCUUAAAGCUGAGCUAUUUACUUUACAAGCAGAGAUAGAGCGCCAAAGAACAAGGUUCAAGGAUGAGAAUGCUCUGGUGAUUACAGAAAAUGAAGAUCUUCAUGCAAAGAUAGAUGAACUCAAACAUGAAAUUAAACUAAAUGAAGAGGCACUGACACAGGCAACAAUGCAAUACAGUGUACAGAUGGGCAGUCUGAAAACAGAAUAUAUGACAGUUUUAUCUGAACUGGAAAAGGAAAGAGCUUCUGUUGGAAAACUGGAGACUGAGAUGGACUCCCAAAGAACUCGCCUACACAGCACCACAGUAGAAAUGGAAAUGGCAUCUCAGGCCAGGAAUGAUCUUGAGAGGGAAUUCCAGCAGAGAAGAGUUGAGUGGGAGAAAGAGAUUGAGAUAAAGGUUGAGGAUAUCGAGAAGAUGAAAGAAGUCAAUAUGCAACUGAAUGGAAAACUGACAGCAGCAGAGACUGAGAGGACCUCCACAGAAACUGAGUUGAUUGCAGCAAACACCUCCCUUUUGGAGAGAACCAACCAGCUGAAACAGAUCCGUCAUGAUUUAGACAGUCUGAAAACACUGCAAGAUAACCUUGACCAAAACUACAAGUUGGAAAAGGAACAUAACUCAAAACUAGAAACGAAGAUUGAGAUGUUACAAGAAAAGUUAAACCAGUCCCACCAUGAGUGCCUCAACCUGAAACAGCAGCUGGAGAAUGUGAAACAAGCUACUUUACAGGAUGCAAGUACGAAUGCCCAAGAAAAGCUGAGCAGCAUGAUCAUGUCGAUUAAAUUAGAAAAUGAAAAAUCAAGGGCAGCAUUAGAAGGGGAAAAUGCCUCAUUGACAGAGACCAUAACACGAUUGCAAGAAGACAUCAACAACUCUGAGAACAAGCGAUCCACCCUUGAAAAUGAUAUGCGACAUCUCAACCAGGAGCAGAAUAACUUCGUGAAGAAGUUGUCUCAUGCAGAGGCAUCUUUAGAAUUGGUACAGAAGAUGAAAGAGCAAAUUGAACAAGAGAGGAACCUACUGAAAGUGGAAGUGGACCGGCUGCAGCAAAAAUAUCAAACUGCCCAUGAUAAGUUGGUGGAGUCCCAGGCACGGGUGUCAGAACUGGUUGCCCGCAUAGAGAGGGCAGAGCAGAGUUCCCUUGUCAGUAAUCAGCAGUUGGUUCAUACUUCAGCAAACAUGCAAGCCUUUUCAAAAUCAAAGGAUGAAGUGGAAGAAAACUACCAAAAGUUACUUGUUGAAAAUACAAGAUUAGAGGCUGAAUUGAAACAUGAAAAACAACAAUUAGAGAUGCUGCACCAAGACCUGAAGGACUCACAGAAGGUUCGGAGCAGCCUUGAAGCACUAUGUUCCAACCUCAAGUCCACAAAUGCACAUCUUGAGGACAAACUAGGGGAGGAGAUUGCAAACCGCACAAUUCUACAGCAGGAAGUGCAAGAUUCUAAAGGAUUGUGGGAACAGGAAGUAGUAUCUAGGUCAAAGUUGGGUUUACGGAUUGCCCAGCUUGACCGUCAGAAGCAAGAUAUUCAAGGAUCUUUGGAAGUGGAGAAGAAGAAAGCCAGGAAAGCACUUGAUGCCAAGAAAGUUACUGAAGGCAAGCUUGAAGAGGAGAAAGAAAAAUUAACAGAGUUUCAGCAGGAGAAUAUGACACUGAAAAUCAGCCUUAAGAAUGCCAAGAAGAGACUGAAGAAUAAUGAUCGCAGUGGUCUACCAGGGGAAACAACCACAGACAUUGAUCAUAUUCGAGCAGAGCUCGAAGCUAAAUAUCACAUGGAACUAAACAAGAAGCUGAAGGAGGUGAAUUGUUACCUGGAACAGCAAGCUCGGGCUCAAGAUCAGCUGCACGUAUCUCAUGGGGAGAAUGAGUCUAGGUUGGCCAUGGAUAAAAAGAAUCUUGAGGUUGACAAUCUAGAUCUGAAACUGAAGUAUGAGAAGGCCGUGUCCCAGCGUGAGACAAAGGAGAUGGAAGCAAGGCGUUUGCAGGAGUUAUAUGAAAGUGAAAUGAAGUGGAGGAUGAGACUGUCAGACCAGUUACAGCAGACUGGAAACUACAAGCCCGAGUCUAAACUUGUAUCUGAAAGACACCGUAGCAAGUUUGUGACAUCCUUCAACAACCUCAAUUUGUCUACUAUCAGUAAUGUCAUGUCUCCGGAAAGCAGUCAUCUGAAUAACACAACAGAGGAUCCCCUCAGUAACAAACUCCGAGCCGACCUCAACCGCAGCAUUGCAAAACACUUAGAAGCAGCUCCUCAUGGUGAUAUUGUACCUGUGGUGAAAACGACAAAGGAUUCAUCUCUCAAGGCAUCCUUUGCAAGCUCCUCUGCAGAUUACAGUGACUAUCUGAAGAGGAAAUAUUGUGUUUUAUGAUCGUGGUUGUACAUUUCCAUUAAGUUGAUGCAUGCAACAUAUUUUUUUACUGUGCUGUUGUUCACACUCAACAAAACUUGCAUGAUUGAACAUGUGAGGAUGUCAAGAGUUACAUUUGUUUUCCUUUCAAGUAGCCAAGUUUACUAAAGGGAGAAUAUUCUGACUUUACAGUUACAUGUAUUUACAUGAUAAAUAUUAUUGUCCAUUUCUUGUUCAUAUUUGCAUGUAUGUUUGUGUACAUUGGAAUUAACAUGAGAUUUUCAUGUGUGAGACAUGUGUGUGAGAUUGUGCAUGGUUAUUUUUAUUUUCAAACUGACAAAUCUGUGAUUUUUAUUGUCAGUCCCACCAGUAGAAAGAAAUUUUACAUUUUUAGCUUAUUUCAAAUUAGUAAUUGUGAACUUAUCCUGUGGAUUUCAUCCGUCAUCUAUUCAUUGAUCCAUUCAUCUGGAAAUGUUUCACUGAAUACCCUUCUGUUCCAAUUUUAUGAGCAUAUAUAAUGUCUUUUUUGCACAUGUCCCAAACAAUGAAUUUUUAUCUUUUUUUAGCUCACCUAACUUAUGUCAUGGCUUGGGGGCAGUGUCUGCAAACAUCCUUUACUUAGAAAGCACUGGACAACUGAUGCUUCUUGUGCAGUAGGAAAUCCUG